AUAUUGGUAAACAACCUCUCAGAUGAUGUCAGAGACUUAGUGAUGAAGAGGCUUAUCAGGUAUGAUGGUGCCUCUGUGAGUCAUUUACUCCAAACAUCCAUCAGAGGCUGUGGACUGAAGAGGGAAUACCUGACAGAGGUUAUUUGUUGGUGAAAUGAACACUCUGGAGGACGUCCCGUUUCAGACCCUGCUGGGUCCACUGGAGGAGGAAGUGCAGCUUGUGAUGGCUCCAGACAUCACCAUACCAGACUGCCGUCAGAUACUACGAGACACUGAGUAUGGCUUCAACCUGGAGAAAUGGAUCCUAACAGUGAAGCAGCCGGUCUGUCAGGCUGCAUCCUGCCCCCCUUACUGGCUGAUGUUCAGCAGCCCUCAGGACAGCCGCAGGACCAAUCGCAGGAACAGUGACACAUGGGUCCUGAUCGCCCGGCCCCGCAGUCAUAGCCUGAACUCUGCAGACACCCGCCGGCUCUACCACCGCACCGUCAAGUUCCUCAUAUCUGACUCUGAUGAUGAAGACGAUGAAGCCUCCUCCACUGAAGAUGCACCUCGCUCCAUCAUGAGCAGAGAGAGGCCACGGAGCGCUGCACCCAAAGACCCCGUCUCCAGAGUCAAAGACAUGCACCUCAGUCCUUCCACGCACAUCUGUAGGCCUGCCUCACCUCAGAGCCUCAGGGGCCACAGAGGCUCUUUACCUUCUCUCCAUGACUGCAGACAACCUCUGAGAGCACUGGAGCCGCACAGGUCCCAGCAGGCCAGCCCCCUCCCUCACGGGCAGAAGAGCAGCAAGAAGAGGCAGCGUUCACUGGGCUCUGUGAGCAGAAAGUACUCCCAGAACACACAACCUGCUCUCUCUCCGCCCAGGCUGCAGAAGCAAAGACCCUCCUCUGCAGGGCCUGUUGUCAAAAACCAAAGACAGAAGGCUCUGAGGACUGGAGGCUCUCGUGGGGUUUUCUUUGACUCAGCAGCAGAGUUGUUGUCAGCACUCAGCCAGGAAGAGAGGGAGCUACUUGAGACCAUCACAGAGAAGGGUUACCCUUUACGCACAGCUAUUCUGGCUCUGCAGAAGACAGGCUAUCACAGCCCAGAGAAGAUACUAAAGUACCUGGUAGCCAGUGACCGUCUGUGUAAGCUUGGUUAUGAUGAAGCACAGGUGGAGGAGGCCUUGGAGAUGUUUCAGAACUGUGAGAGCAAGGCUGCUGAGUUCCUGCGCCUUCUCACCCAGUUCAAUGAGAUGGGCUUCCAGCAAAAUGCAAUCAAAGAAGUGCUGCUUGUUCAUGAGAAUCAUCAUGAGAAGGCUCUUGAAGAACUCAUGACGCGCAUGGCUUAAACAAAAAAUCUCUUUAAUGUCUACUCUGCGUGGGGAAACGAUUAUUUUCCACAGCAGUGUGUUAUGUGCUAGUGAAUGCAUGUACUGAUAUACAGCAUGUGAUCAGUGUUCAUUACUUAAAGGGGACGUGUCCCUAUGUUCUGGUUCAUACUUGUAUUUUGAGUUUUCUACUGUGCUUUAAUGUUCUAAAAACACAUCUCUUUAAGCCCAAUUACCAAAAAAGUCCAGUCUGCUCCGAUUGGUCAGUGUUGUUUAGUCUGUGGGGCCCUUAACGAAAAGCCAAUGAGAUUGUCCCUCUGAUUUAGGAUUACUACAGAAAAUAAGUUCUCUGGCAAACUAAAGUUUGAUACUUAAACAUUUCUUACACCAAGACACCAUAGUUGAAAAAAGUUAAAAAUAGUCAUAGUGUUGUGGUUUUUUCUCAAAAAUGCCAAGAAAUGUCAUAGAAUAGUAUGUUGACAAUGGUAAUGGUAUAAUUUGUCCAGAAAUAUGAAUUUUUAAAAAACACCAUUAUUAAGUUCAAAUAUACUAAAAAACGCCAUCGUAUAGUUUGUUGAAAAAAAGUAUUUAAAACGGUCAUAGAGAUUUUUGUUAA